ACAUAUGAAGGACCUGAUUGUAUUGAAAAAUUCUGUCAAGUGCUUAGGGCUAAAACUGAUGGCCUUUAUGAGAAGUACUGGAAAUCUAGUAAAAAGCCCAUAUAUGAAUUCAAUAUUUGGGAUGAAGACUGUCAGGAACACGAAGCGUGCUGUGCCUGCGAUGAGCAAAUUUUGGUUGAUGAUCGUGAAAAAUACUUCAAUCAAUUCACGGGCCAAUAUGUAGGGCCUAUUCAUAAGGUCUGUAAACAAACAUUUAGAUUAAGCGAUCCCUUUUUCCCUGUAGUGUGUCACAACUUGUCUCGAUAUGACAUCCACUUAUUUGUAACAUCGAUAAGAGAUGAAUUGAAACCCAUUCCUUGCAAUAAAGAGUUAUAUAUUGCGUUAACUCAAACUUGCAAGCUUGAUUCACAUCUUCAUCAAUAUAAAAUAAGAUACAUAGAUUCAAAUAGAUUUUUAAAUUCGAGCUUAGAAAAACUUGCUAGCUAUAUGGAUGUAUCCAAUUUCAAAAUAUUGAACAGCAAAUAUCAAAACGAAAAAUUUGACAUGCUACGAAGAAAAGGAGUAUUUCCCUAUGACUAUUUAGAUAGUUUUCAAAAAUUUGAGGAAUCCCAGCUCCCUUCAAGGGAAUAUUUUUAUAAUUCUCUGAAUGAUGAGGAAUGUAGCGUGGAAGAUUAUAACUUUGCUCAGAGCGUGUGGAGAAUGUUUAACUGUACUAGUAUUAGAGAUUACUUAAAAUUAUACUUGGAAAGCGAUGUUCUAAUUCUUGCCGAUGUAUUCGAAAAUUUUAGAACUCUUUGUUCACGAGUAUACAGACUAGAUCCCAUUAAUUAUGUUACUGCUCCUUCAGUUUCAUGGGAUGCAAUGCUUAAAUACACAAAGAUAGAAUUGGAACUUAUAAGUGAUCCUGAUAUUUAUAACUUUUUAAAAACUGCAGUCCGGGGAGGGUUGACUCAAUGUACCCAAAGGAUCGCUACAGCAAAUAACAAAUACUUAAAUGACAAAUUCAAGUCUAGCGAUCCUAUAAACUACCUGACAUAUAUUGACGCCAACAAUUUAUAUGGAUGGGCUAUGAGUCAACCACUUCCAUAUUCCAAUUUUAAAUUUCUAAGUAAUAAUGAAAUUUUAUCUUUCAACGCUCUUAAUAUAUCAGCCAGAGGUAAUAUAGGAUACAUAUUAGAAGUAGAUCUGAAAUAUCCUAAAAAUGUUCAUAAUAAACAUAAUAGUUUACCAUUCUGCCCCGAAAAUAAAAUUCCGCCAGGAGGAAAGCAGCCCAAAUUAAUAGCUGAUUUAUCAGAUAAAAAGAAUUAUAUAAUACAUUUAAAACAGCUGCAGUUAUGUAUAGAGCAAGGUAUGAUUGUAGAAAAAAUAUCUCGAAUACUAUCUUUUAAACAGUCCUGUUGGUUAAAGCCUUAUAUUGACCUAAAUACAACACUAAGAAAAUUAGCUGUAAAUGAGUUUGAGAUAAACUUUUUUAAAUUAAUGGUCAAUGCCGUAUGCGGCAAAACGAUUCCGCAGGGUUUAGACAACGCAUAG